AAAAUUAGAAUGGCCAGUGUCAUUGCCUCAGUCUGGACACCUAACUACUUCAAUUGUGUUCAACAAUCUCAUCUCUUUCUUUCUUUCAAAAGGGUUUCUUGAAAUCACUUCAGCAUUUUUAAGUUCUUCUUGCUUCUCCUCUCUGCAAUAAAACUGCUUUUUCUUCUUCUUCUUCUUACCCUUUUACUUGUUGUUAGUCUUUUGUCCUUUCAAACUUUCCUCAUUUCAUAUAAAAUAUUCUCUUCAUAUGAGAUAAGAGAAGAUGAAAGCAUGGCCAGCAAUACAAUCUUCUUCUUCAACUACUUAUUCUUCUCCUUCAAUGGGAAUGGUUUAUGCAAACAUGGACUCUUUAUCACUUAACUAUACUGCUGCUGCUGCUGCAUCUUCUUCUUCAUCUCAAGAUUUCUAUGUUUCAAAGGAAGGUACGGACAAUACUACUGCUAAGUGGUCUUUACCAUUUAUGAGGAAAUGUUGUAUUGCAAGAAACUUUGAGGAAAACCAAAACAGUGAUGAAGUUGGAGAAGGUAAUGGUUCUGAUUCUGGUGAUGAUGGUGUUGGAGAAAACAACGGUGACAAAAUUAACCCUAAUGAGAAUAAUUAUGUCAGUGGCAAAGAGGUAAUAGAUACUGGACAUUCUAAACUAUGUGCAAGAGGUCAUUGGAGACCUGCAGAAGAUUCUAAGCUUAAAGAACUUGUUGCUCUUUAUGGUCCUCAGAACUGGAAUCUGAUAGCUGAAAAGUUAGAUGGAAGAUCAGGUAAGAGUUGUAGGCUUAGAUGGUUCAACCAAUUGGAUCCAAGGAUUAAUAGAAGAGCUUUUAGUGAAGAAGAGGAAGAAAGACUAAUGCAAGCUCAUAGGAUUUAUGGAAACAAAUGGGCCAUGAUUGCUAGGCUUUUUCCUGGAAGAACUGAUAAUGCUGUUAAGAAUCACUGGCAUGUUAUCAUGGCUAGAAAGUACAGAGAACAAUCCAGUGCUUACAGAAGAAGGAGGCUGAAUCAAUCUGUUUACAGAAGAAUAGAAGAUAAUGCAGCAAACUUUGUUUCUAGAGAUAUAGCCACAGGGAUGAUGGAAUCAGUACCAUCACCCUAUUGUAUUAACCUCCCAAAUGGUUAUAACAUAACUACUAGUUUCCCAUUUUCAUCUUUCCAUGGAGUAAUUGAUGGUGGUGUUGCAAUUGAUUGUGGCUUAAAUGGUUCAGCUCAUUUUUCUGGUAGCAAAGAAGCAAUCUCAAGUAACAAACAGACCCCUAGUAGCCCUUUUGGCUUGUUUGCUCAACAGACACCACUUGAUUUCAUUUCUGGAGGGAUAAGAAAUGAUCAUUAUAGCCAAAUGAAAUGCUGGGAUAAUCAACCAACUGGUUUUUACCAUCAAUAUCCCCAAUAUAUGAUGCAAAUGCAACAACAAAACAACAAUUUUUACAGUUUCUCAUCAAAUUCAACCACAGCAGCAACAUCAACAACACAGAUAUUAGGCAGUGAAGUUUCACUAUCAUCGGUGGCAGCAACAGAAGAUCACAAUCCCCCUCCUUCAGAUACAAUUCCAUUUAUUGAUUUCCUUGGAGUAGGAGCCACAACAUGAUCAAAGUUAGAACCAAAUCAAAAAGCUGCUGCUGCAAUAUUAUUUUUCUCCAUUGAAGCUCCUCAAUAUAAGUGUGGUCCAACAUUAGUAAGAAAACCAUUCAAGGUAAACUGAAAGGAUAGUUUGCUCCACUCUGGUUACUGUGAUUCUUGCGUCACUUCUGUUCAUAUCAACUCUCUUUUCCUUUCUUACUCACAUCACAUGGGGCUCCUUUCCAAACUCUUCAUAAUAAUAUCAAUAAUAAUACAGUAAUUCAAUUUUAUAACUACAACCUUUUUCUAUUCACUAUGAUCCUUUUUUUUUGUAGUAAUAAUAGAUAUUUGAAUUUUUUUAACCAUUUUGUCAUAGAUUCAGGUAUGUAUAAAUAUUAGUUUUUGCCGUUGUAUUUUUUGGUAUUUCCCACUAGUUUAAUCUGGUUCGGGUUCAGUUUUGUCAUUAAGUGAUUCCACCGGCCCCUCUCGAUUAGAGUUGCGGAGAUCAAACCGUGAUCAUUCCUACUAAGUUCAGCGCUCACCACUGAACCGACAAACACGAUUGGUAGUUUUUGCAGUUGUAUGCAAGUAUAUUUGGUUUUAAAUGAAUUUUCAAUCUAUGCAGUAGUUGUAGGAGGAUAGAUAUCUUGGUCUAAAGAAAAAUUAGGGCAAAUGUUUUUAAAUUUUGUUUCCUCCUUUUCUACAUUAAUUAAUAACCCUUUAUGUUGAAUUUGUCAGCAAGCCAGAUGAAGAUUGAAAUGGUUCAUUUGAUAUUAAAUGUGUCAUGAGACAUUCUAGCUAUUUAGGAUAUGGCUAAUUUGUUAAGCAUAAAAAGGGAACUAGUUAUUACUAUUAUUAAAACAAUGGAUGAGGCAAAAAG